CAAUACUAGCACUUACGUUCAACCCACGAACACAUCGGAAACAACCCCUCUCCGUACCUAGACACCUGUUCUAAUUGCCUUGUGCAAAUUACUCCUAUUCCCGUUGUCAUGAAUUUGCUAGAAUAUGCCUUCGGCAAGCGCAUGACGCCCGCGGAGCGUCUACGCAAAAACCAACGCAUGAUCGACAAGGCCAUUCGGGAACUAGACCAAGUGAGAGUCAAGUUGGAGAAACAAGAGAAGACCCUCGUGGGCCAGAUCAAGCAGAGUGCCCAGAAGGGGCAGAUGGGAGCCGCCAAGAUUCAAGCAAAGGAUCUUGUGCGCACGAGAAGAUACGUCGAGAAGUUCUAUGGAAUGAGGAGCCAACUGCAAAAGAUAUCCUUACGACUUCAGACCCAUCGAACGAACGAACAGAUGAUGCAAGCCAUGAAAGGGGCUACGGUGGCUCUCGGAAGCAUGAACCGAUCUAUGAACCUCCCCGCAUUACAACGUAUCGCCAUGGAAUUCGAACGAGAAACCGCAGUCAUGGACGAAAGACAGGAAAUGAUGGAUGACGCCAUCGACGAUGCCAUGGAUGUAGGCAUAGAAGAAGAGGGCGAUGAAGUCGUAGAGCAGGUCUUGGAGGAGAUUGGUGUUGAUCUCAACCAAUCCUUUGGGGAGACCCCGACCGGUUUGCAAUCCGAGAAAGUUCCAGAUGCUCGCGUCGCCCAAGCCAUCGGUGCCCCAAGUGGUGGCGGGGGCGGAGACCCCGGGGACGACGAUCUUCAAGCCCGACUUGAUAGUCUGAGAAAGUAGACAUGAAAGCAUAAUUAUGCUUAUCAAAAAGGGGGGUUUAUUGAGAAUGAAUUUGAUACGAGACACGCGUUUUUUUUUUGAAA